UGUCUUAUCCGUAGAGUUCUCUACAAUAUGGCGUCUCUCAUGUAAGCCACGCUGGUAAUUUUUUAUAGGUUUCUUUACUUUCCCAAAUUAAUUUAGACGAAAGUUAAAAAACUUUACAAUGUCGGGAAGACACAACAACAAGUUACCAACAAAUCUGCCACAGUUACAGAAUCUUAUCAAAAGAGACCCCCAGUCCUACACGGAAGAGUUUCUGCAGCAGUAUCGACACUACCAAUCCAAUGUCCAAGUCUUCAAACUUCAGCCUGACAAACCUAAUAAGGAACUGUCAGAUCUGGUUAUGUUCCUCGCCCAGGUAGGACACUGCUAUCAACAGCACCUGUCCAGUUUCCCUCAUGAGUUGACUGAUCUUCUGUUAAGUCAUCAUACAGUCCUUCAACCUGACCUGCGUAUGACAUUCUGCAAGGCCCUCAUCCUUCUGAGGAACAAAGACCUCAUCAACCCAACAGGUCUGCUGGAGCUCUUCUUUGAGCUCUUGCGCUGUCACGACAAGCUUCUGAGAAAGACUUUGUUCAUGCACAUCGUGACAGACAUCAAGAAUAUCAACGCCAAGCACAAAAACAACAAAGUGAACACAACCUUACAGAACUUUAUGUACACCAUGCUGAGGGACAGCAAUGCUGUGGCUGCUAAAAUAUCUCUGGAUGUGAUGGUUGACCUGUAUAAGAGAAACAUCUGGAAUGAUGCCAAAACGGUAAACGUUAUAACAACAGCAUGUUUCUCCAAAGUCACAAAGAUUCUUGUGGCAGGCUUAAAGUUCUUCUUGGGAAAAGAUGAGGAUGAGAAAAAAGACAGUGAUUCAGAGUCAGAGGAGGAGGGUCCUUCGGCAAGAGACAUCAUGGUGAGGUAUUCAACAGGGAAAAAAAGCACAAAGAACAAGAAAAAGAUGGAAAAAGCUAUGAAAGUCCUCAAGAAACAUAAGAAGAAAAAACGUGCUGAAGUCUUCAACUUCUCUGCUAUUCAUCUGAUCCACGAUCCACAAGAUUUUUCCGAGAAGCUAUUCCGGCAGCUGGAGGACUCCAAAGAACGUUUCGAGGUCAAAAUAAUGAUGAUGGAGCUGUUAUCCAGGCUAGUUGGAAUCCACGAGCUGUUCCUCUUCAACUUUUACCCAUUUCUGCAACGCUUUCUCCAGCCCCAUCAAAGAGAGGUCACCAAGAUCCUCUUGUGCGCAGCACAGGCGUCGCAUCAACUGGUCCCCCCAGAGAUCAUUCAAUCUGUGAUCAUGACGAUAGCGAACAACUUCGUCACAGACCGAAACUCGGGAGAAGUGAUGACUGUGGGCAUCAAUGCCAUCCGGGAAGUGGCAGCUCGUUGUCCUCUGGCAAUGACAGAAGACCUGCUACAGGACCUGGCACAGUACAAGACCCACAAAGACAAGAAUGUGAUGAUGUCAUCACGAGGGCUUAUCCAGCUCUUCCGGAAUCUCAAUCCAAGCAUGCUACAGAAGAAAUACAGGGGGAAACCCACCGAGGCUUCAACUGAGGCUCGGAUUCAGGAUUAUGGGGAGCUCGAGGCCAAAGACUUCAUCCCUGGAGCUGAGGUUCUGGAGGUGGAGGAGGGGAAGAAAGGAGAUGAAGCAGAUGAAGAAGGCUGGGAGAGCGCCAGCAUGAGUGAAGAUGAUGAUGAUGAUGGAGAAUGGGUUGACGUUCACCAUUCCUCUGAUGAAGAACAAGGAGAGGUGGCAGAGAAACUGCAGAGCGUGCCAGUGGAGGAGAGGAAUGCCAAGGCAGCGGUGGUCAGUGCCAGCCGGCUUCUCACACAGGAUGACUUCAAAAAGAUCCGCCUUGCCCAGAUGGCAAAGGAGGUGAACUCUGCCCCCGGAAAGAGCCAGAAGAGGAAGUCUAUGGAUGACAGCGAUGAAGAGACCAGAGGGGAGCUGCUUUCACUGAGAAAUAUUGAGCGUCUGCACAAGAAGCCAAAAGCUGAUAAAGAAACACGACUGGCAACAGCCAUGGCUGGAAGAACAGACAGGAAAGAGUUUGUCAGGAAGAGAUUCAAACUGAACCCCUAUGCCAGCACCACCAACAAGGAAAAGAAGAGGACGAAGAAUUUCAUGAUGAUGAGGCAUAGUCGGAACGUACGCACCAAGAACAAACGAUCUUUCAGAGACAAGCAGGUGGCCCUAAGAGACGCUCUCCUGAAAAAGAAGAAACUGAAGUGAGGUUGAAGUUUAAGUAGCACCACCCCUGUUUCAUGUGGUGAUCUGCCUUUGCUUUUUCCAUUGAGCCGUUUCUCUAUAUUAUAUCCGGUCCAAUUUGUACAGGUAAUAAAGGAUUCGUGUUGAUCUAAUCAAA